AUGCCAGUAGCCCCAGAAAACUAUAAUAACAGUGCCAUUAGUACAGUGUUUGGCUCAGUAUUUUCAGGUUCAGGGAGUUCUUUCCCUGCAAGACCAGAGCCUCUUUCUAGCCCUGCUCCAGACCCGUCAGAGUCAGGAGUAGGGGUUGGACUUAGACCUGGUGCCUCUAGGGUCUCCCGGGACCUGAAUCCCCCUGUGCCUGGUUCCUCCCCUGUGCCCAUGUCGCCAGGAGCUAUCACACCGAACCCUCGGCAUAUACAGUCUUCACCUAACUUAUCAGCUCCCCCUUGGAACAUCUCCCCUUCUCUGUCCGUUUCUGAUGAUCUAGAUACUGAUGUCAGAGGUCUCGAUGAACCACCUCUGCCUUCCCCUGGACACCAGUCUGGACCAACCAUUGUGAUGCCUCUUUCACUUGAACCUCCCUCAACCAAUGAUUCUGUGGUUGCGCAUGGAAAGCAGUUGGUAUCUUCCAGCAGAGUGGGAGAUUUGGAUCACUUACAUCCUAGUUCUGACCCAAACAUACAGAAUGAUGCUGCUUUAGGCAUCCAACUGUUAGAUCCAAGCCAAGCCGUUUUUGGAAAUCUUCAUAUGACGUCAACUUCAGUUGAGCCAACAAUCGGACUGCUUGAAGAUUUCUUCCCAACCAAUACCAUGGAGGUUGACUGGGGUUCUGGCGACUACCUAGAGACCAUGUCCUUCAUGGGGUCAGAAGGAGAUGACUACUCACUGGUAACAAAUCUUCCGUCUGACAUGUAUGAAUUCGAAGACUCAAACUCUGAGGCGUAUGAUACUGCAUUCCCUACAAGGGUGGUAGUGUCUUUAUCCAGCAGACACCCAUCUCCUAGCCCUCUCAGCUUCCCCACAGGAGUUUCCAGUAUGCCCACUACUAGUUCUCCUAAUCUGACCACCGCUGCACCUAACACUGUAUUCAGGCCUCCCAGUAUAUCCAGUACAUCCAGCAUUUUGUCUACCACCACCUAUUUGGAUCUUCCAGCUAUUCAUCCAACAUCUGCUCAUUCCUCACACAUCCCUCCCACACUUACACCAGAUUUAAAUCACAGCAGUGUAGCCAGUGAGAGCUCAGAACUGGACUCUGACUGGGCAGACUCUGUUACUAUUGAACCCACAGAUGUCCUCCUGCCAGACAUGAACAGUCUGGAAUACAUGACCAUUCAACUGGGUAAGGACAAUACAUCCAUACCAGAGCACAGAGGUGACCAAACCAGCUCUAGGCAUCUCUCCCUCACUCCAAUCAGUACCAGUCAGAUCUUGCCUACGCGUUCCUAUGCUGUAGAUCCCAGUCACAUGCUAACAGUGUUGUAUGAGGAGGAGCUACAGCCUGCAGACAACACCUCAUGGGCUGAAGAUUCCUCUGCCGAUACCUCAGGGUUUGAGCCUGUUAAUGACACAGUUCUAGAUACCUCAGAAUUGAGACCUACCUUAAUGAAUACAACCGAAUCUUUUCUAGAGUCCUCAGUAGCACUUACUCCCUCAAUGGUCCUUUCAAAUUCCAUGUGGGAUCAGGUCUCAUCUACCGACAGGAUAAACACGGCGUCUGUCUCGCUUUCUGUAGCCAAUAGCACUUCCACAAUGAUGUCUGUUUUUCCAACAAUGACACAGGAACAAGAUUUUGGCAUGUCGUCUGUCGUCACGGACAUUCAACAGUUUACCUCGACGCCCAGCUUAUCUUCGUCUGUCAGUGUUACUGCAUUCCCCACGGAACCUGCCCCCAACGUCACCUCUUUCCCCGAUGUGUCGGAGAUGGCUGACCAGGAUGUCAACACAAUCACACCCUCAGAAGCACCCACAACUGCUUCAACUGAUGAUGACGGAUUGACAACAGACAGCAGCACAGAAACCACCUUCACCACGUUGUUGCGUAAUGAAACCGGCGCAACUACUUUUAUAAAUAUCCAGACAACCACGACUACCGCUACCAGUAAUGAGGCCUUCAACCUCACCACGCUGCCAACCGCUGUAACGGACCCAUUCUACACCACCUUAAAAACAACCCCGCAGACAACAACUUCUCGGGAUUAUCUCUGCAACAUGACAAAAACGGAUACUUACUUAGUCAGAGUUGGAUUUCCUAGUGGGUCUACUGCUGGUUAUGCCAAAGCCAAGGUCCGGGAAGUUCUCAAGGCAGAAUUUAAUCGAACCGUGGAACUACAGGUGGUGAAGGCCCCGCCAGACUUUGUGUUCCGCACAGUGUCUGGUCCGGUGGUCUACACAGCCAUCGCAGUCAUCAAUGCCCUACGCCAGUCGACAAGAACAGCCCGCUCUAUCCUGAGCGUGUCGCCCAUCAGCACUGCACCGGGCCAGCAGUACCAAGUUCACUCUGUACUCCAGUUUGUGCCCAGUCAUGUAGACGUGCGUGUGUGCACCUUCUUAGAGCAAAUCGAGAAAGGUCUGACUGCAGCGUUCGCUGAAGUGCGACGGCGUUCACAGGAGUCCACGAACUUCACUGUGCACAUUACAAACAUCACUAUGAGUGCGGCGUCUAAGACCCAACGCCUACAGAAGAGUCCGAUAGACAUUACCUUCGCUGUUCGUGAUGCUCAUGGUUAUGUACUGGGGUCAGAGGUCAGCUCCCACCUCAGGAUGCUGAACAUGGUGGAGUUUAGUUACUACCUGGGUUACCCUGUACUGCAGAUUGCAGAGCCUUUUCACUAUCCAGAACUGAACAUGACCCAGCUGCUGCGUUCUUCAUGGGUCAGAACAGUAUUAUUAGGGGUGCUGGACACCCGUGUGAGUGACAGGAUCUUCCAGGCUAAGAUGGAGCGUCGUCUGGCUAUGUUGCUGGGAGAAGCACUGGGAACGGCUCGGCGCAUUAAGAGGGCCACCACUGUGGGCAACAAUAGUGUUCAGAUUGUAAGGACCACCAGGCUGGUGAGCACUGAGAACCCUUUGGAGAUGAUUUACUUUGUGGAGGGUCCUAAUGGAGAGAGACUACCGGCCGUCACCACUGCUAACCUGCUCAACAGUCUGGACGUGCAGCGUGCAGCCAUCAUCCUGGGACACCGCGUACAGGGAAUACUGGCUCAGCCUGUGGAGAAGGUUGGCACGUCCCCAUCAGAGUCAGAGAACACUAACACAUGGAUUAUCAUUGGGGUUGUAGUACCAGUGGUGGUGGCAGUCAUUAUCAUAAGCAUUCUAUACUGGAAACUCUGUCGCACAGACAAACUGGAGUUCCAGCCAGACACCAUGACGACAGUGCAGCAGAGACAAAAGCUCCAGGCUCCCAGUGUGAAGGGCUUUGACUUUGCAAAGCUGCACUUAGGCCAACACAGUAAGGAUGACCUCAUGGUGAUCCAGGAGCCCGCACCUCUCCCAGUGCCUCCUAAGGAGCUGAGCCCAUCUGACAACGGAGAGGUACCCACACCGAAAUCCAAGGGCUCCUCCACCAAAACGUCUCGUAACGGCCGAAGAAAAGGACGGAUUUCUCCAUCAGAUGGUGGCUCAGUGGCCAGUGACCCGUCCAGCGAAAGAGACUCACCUGAAGAGAACCUGAGACAGGCCGGCUUGUCCAGUGACACCAAGCAACCACGCAAGAUGGCCAUUAAUGGAUUAAAUGGCCCUUUACCUUUGAAUGGUGUGGACGAGCAGCUAUCUUCUGCUGCCAUCUUUGAGCACGUAGAUCGGAUGUCCCGCCCCGCGGACGGACCCAAACGUUUUUCCAGUAAGAUUCAGCUCAUCGCCAUGCAACCUAUGCCAGCUCUUCCACUGCCCAGCCCAACCGCCAACCACAGAAUGGCUGAAAACGCCAAGCUUAACAAGGAGAUUCAGGUUGCUCUGAGACAUAAGUCUGAGAUAGAGCACCACCGGAACAAGAUCCGCCUUCGGGCCAAGAGGAAAGGCCACUACGACUUCCCCGCCAUGGACGACCUGGUCAACGGACUGGGCGAUACCAAAGAACAGGACCACAUCUACCAGAAGGCUCAGAUGCAGAUCGAUAAGAUUCUGGAUCCGGACGUGAAUAUGUCUUCUCUGUACAGUGAGCUAAAGAAAAGUGGCAGAGGAAAACGUUCACCCAAACAGAGGAAGAGACAGCAUAUGAACGGAGCAGUGACAGAUGCAGACAGAGACCGACUCAUCUCCGCCGAGAGCGACGGAACAUAUAAAAAAUAUCCAGGAGUUAAUAACAUAGCAUAUGUAUCGGACCCAGACCAGGGCCCGGAUCCUAGGAGCCCAUCCCCGACCGACGAUGUGUUUCUGGGGCCAGGUUCCCCUCCUCCAGGACACCCUCCACCCCCACCCCCCUAUCUGCCUCCCCAGCCGUCUAUAGAGGAGGCCAGGCAGCAGAUGCACUCUCUACUGGACGAUGCCUUUGCCCUUGUCUCUCCCACCUCGCAUAGCAACACUGCAGGCAUCACCCUUCCUGGGGUUAGUGCAGGACCUCUGGGUUCCAGCCCCCCGUCGCGUGGCCCCCGGCCCUGGGGCCAGUACCUAGCACAUAGUCCCCUCUCUGCGAGAUACACAGACAUAGGCCUAACUCCUCCAUCAGUACAAAACGUGCUACACAGGCAGGGUGUGGGCUCUGGCUACAUCCCUGCUGGAGAUGCAGUUGCUGGGGGAGAGCAGCUACAUUCUGAUGGCCUUUAUGCUGGCAGGACUGCCUACAAUGACGAACUGCCUUCUUCUGCCAGGCCACGACCUGUAGGGGGCGCCGCAGGUAAUCAGUUCCAUCACCUGACUCAGUUGGGUUUGACAGGUCGUGCAAGUGGUCACCAGUCUGAUGGCAGGCAGCCAAGUGGUUAUAACUGGAGUCCGUAUAACGAAGAAGAAUAUUCCAGACCUGUUCUCAGCAGAGACACUGUGACGUGUCGUUUUGUGUUUCAGACUCCAAGGACAGGGUUAAAGGAGCCAUCUGCGCCUCCUGCCCACCUCGACUCUAUCGGCCUGGGUUACCCUCUGUCGGCUCCUCCCGAAGAGACUUCUCCUCCCAACCACUCCUCCGCCUCGCUCAUCAAAGCCAUCCGGGAGGAGCUGAUGCGCCUCUCCCAAAAACAGGCGUCGGUGUCUGGCUACCACAGCUGA